AUGGAUGGACGGUUAUAUGCAAGCAGUGCGAUGUCUAGUUCUUUACGCCCAUUGGAAACUCUGGAUAUUAACCAGAUGUCUGUUCUUUCGAUGCACAUGAUGUUAGAUGAAUAUGACGUAAACAAGAGCAUCACAUUCCAUAGGCCGCAGACAUCACAUGCGCUUGUGAAUCCUUCUGUGGGUGCGGAAACUUCCGUUGGUCGCCGGACUUCACAGUACCACGAUGAGUUGUCACAAGGCCAACCGGAUUUAUAUUUCAAUUACAACGAUAACAGCACCCCUAACAGAAGUCCAGUCUACGAACUCCAGGGUCAAAGUCACAGAAUAAGGAGUCGGAACACGAUGAGAACAAGUAGUAGUGGGCCUGGUGGUGCAGCCUUUUUCAAGGCUGGGUUGUCUAACACUGUUUCGAAGCUGUCGCUCUUGGAUGAUCAGAAUUUAACCAGCUUCCCCAUACCUCCUCCUAUGAAAUCCCAAUAUGAGACUGGGGGUUGUUUGGGAAGGGAAUUUAACAUGUUCGUUCACGUUGAGGAUACAAGAAUCAGCUUUAAUCCAUCUUCCAAUGAAUGGGAGGAGUCUAAUGAGUUGUUUCUCAUAGAAGAUUACAUCUCAGACAUGGACACUAACGAGUUCGGGCCAACGAUUUCGGGAAGCGCUCCCAGUAUGAAUAAGAACUAUCAUUCAAGAAAGAGGAUGUCUAUUUCAGAUUUGAAGAGUCGGAUCUAUAAGAAUAAAGAGACGAUGAAACUACCACUAAAGCUUAAAUCUAAAAGAAAGCUUUCAUUGCACAGUUCUUUGACUCUAACGCCUCAGAUAUAUCCAGUGGAUGGGGACAAUGAGUUGGGAAACAUGGCUAUCAUAACUGAAGACAAUUACACUUACAAUGACAACUUUAAAGAGAAAUGUGACAACGCAAAAGGUGAACUAGGUGACUUUAUUAGCAUUAACAACAAAAUACAUAACCAUGAGGGAGACAAUUGCAAAGAGGGCAGGAAUAGUGACAAUUACGACUAUAAAAUUAAUGAAAACAAAAAUAACAACCAUAAAAACAACAAUGAUAACAGUAAUAGCAGUAAUAACAACAGGAACAUUGGUAAUAACAAUAAUAAUGCUCAGAAUUUUAAAUCAAGCGGCUGCUUGAAAAGUAGAAACACCGAUCAACUGUCGACCCAAACAGGGAACACGAUGGUUGAUAACAUUGAGGAUGUUUUGUGUGAUAUGAUAAAGCCAACUGAAAGUGCAAUAGUGUUCUCUGACAAAUACUUGUCAGAUUUACCAAUUAAGCAUCAGUUGAAAUGUUGUGUAAUUUGUGAGAAGCCUCUGUAUGAGUUAAGUGCAUUGAUACCUCCUGGUAGAAAUUUCCAAGAAAUUGUAUGUGGCGGUUGUUCUGUGAAAUAUGAGAAUGCUUCCAAGAUUUUAGAGGAUUACGAAUUUGAAGGCACGUUAGCUUCAAUGGAUGACGCCAAUAAUUCCAUUGACAGUGGAUUUGAUGAGGUCCCUGAGGUUAUAGUGGAAAAUAGGAACAAAAGACAAAAGACAUCCAACUUUUCCAACCAAUUGAUUACUAGGUUGCACCUUCAAUCCCAGCAACUUGUAGCUCCAUCAUCGUCGCAUUCAUUUCCUAUGCAUUCUUUUGAAGAUAAUAUCAAAGGUAAACUAUUAGACCCAAACACAAAGACGUGGUUGCUCGAAGCUAGGCAUAAACUAAGGUGGAGGUGGAGAGUUAGUGGCCUUCUUCCACGUUUCCUAAGUAAAAGGGGGCAUUGA